AUGGAGUGGAGGAACUACUCAUUAUUAGUGAUUGAAGGUGACUUUGUGAAUGCGGUGGGGCUUUCUUGUGAUUGGUCAUGGGGUUGUACAGGGGGUGCCAUUGUUUGGGCAGGUUUUGGUGGGUGUUUCUUUGAAGGUAGAUUUGAGCUCCGAGCUGCCACCAACAACUUUGACAGAGAGCUAGUAAUUGGUAAUGGUGGUUUUGGUAGAGUUUUCAAAGGUUGCAUUGAUGGUGAAACUCCAGUUGCUAUAAAGGCCUUGAAGCCAACAUCAACUCAAGGUUCCAACGAGUUUGAGGCAGAAAUUCAAAUGCUAUCCGAUCUCCGACACCCCCAUCUUGUAUCACUGAUAGGUUACUGUGAUGAAGGGAUCAAGAUCAUUGUUUAUGACUACAUGCCUCGGGGAACCGUCCGGGAUCAUCUGUACAGCACUCAGGGUCCACCGUUAUCAUGGAAACAAAGGCUUGAAAUCUGCAUUGGUGUUGCCCGUGGGCUUACAUACCUUCAUGCCGAAAACCCCAAGAUCAUCCACAGAGAUAUCAAGCCAAGCAACAUUCUCUUGGACAAAAACUGGGUCGCCAAGGUUUCAGAUUUUGGUCUUUCAAGAUUAGGCCCAACAUGCUCAUCACGCAGCCAUGUCACAACUGGUGUUAAGGGUACCUUUGGAUAUUUGGAUCCUGAUUAUUUUCAGACUAACCACCUCUCAGUGAAAUCCGAUGUGUAUAGCUUUGGGGUAGUUUUAUUUGAGGUGCUGUGUGCUAGACCAGCCGUGGAUUUGAGGCAAGAUGAUGAACAACAAAGCCUGGCAGAGUGGGUUCGACAAUGCAUUAAAGCUGGCAAGCUUAAUAGAAUUAUCGAUCACAAUCUAAAAGGUGAAAUUGCUCCAGAGUGCUUGAAAAUGUAUGCAAGUAUUGCUUUAAAGUGUCUGAAUGAUGAUAGACAUAAGCGGCCUACAAUGGCUGCUGUGUUAAAGAGGCUUAAGCAUGCUUUGGAGUUGCAAGAGCGCACUGAUGCUGCUUCAGAUGAGGAGAUCAUGAGCAGCAAUGGCAUGGAGAUUGUGUUAAGACCAAACAACAAUUCCAAGGUGGUGAUGCAUUCCUGUCCAACAUUUUGGAACAAAACAAUUUCUCACAAGGAAUUAUUCAGGUUCGUAAGUGACAAGACAGGAUUGAAAUGGGUUAGACCACCAGCUCUAUGUGGUCUCCAGGCCCUGUGUUGUGCUAUUCCAGCUUAUGGGGCCUUGUCACUCGAUGGCCGAAUGAGCAACUCAAGUGACUGCGGGCUUCAUGGAACACCAGGGAGGGUUAUGGAUCCAAUUUUAUUGGAUGAUGAUGAUACUUUCAAAUUAUGAGCAUACCAAGUUGUAUUUGUGCUUUUUUCUUUUUUGUGUGCGCAUAUACCACUAUUCGCUUUCAUGUCUCACGUCUUAUAAAAAGUUUCAAUCUUAAGCUCGUACAAGGGCGGGCGACAAUAGUGUGGAAGACGUGUGAGUCAAAAGGAAGAGCAAUUUAACUGCUUCAUUUCUUUUUCCUGGCAACUUGCAGGGAAAGUAUCAAUAAUUGUGCCUCACAGACAGAGGGAAUUGAAGCUAUUGGCUCCUUUUUUUCUUGUUCUUAUCUUUGCUUUUCCGUUUUAUUUCGUUGGACUCGAAAGUCGUUGUCGUUGGAAGCAUGUAAUUAAUAUAAGCUAGAGUAUGAGCCGUGUGCAACACACGUGCCCCUUUGCACUC